CGUACUGAACGAUUCGUUCAUGACUCGCACACACAUGCCGUUUGGGAUUGGGCCGUGUCCUCCUGCCCGCACUGGCUAAAGCUGAGAAAUUCUCUGGUUGUGUGAUUUGUCACGUCGAGUCUGCAGAGACACACACGCCCAUCUGAAAAUGGCCCAGCCGCUUCUGGACACGAUGCCCGGAGCCUCUACAGGGACCGUGGUGGUCUCAGAUCCCCUGAACUUCUGGGCUGGGGAACGGGUGAAGCCCAGACAGGAGAAGGACGCCGAGCCGGUGUUCGAGCCCGCAACCGGACGGGUUCUGUGUCAGAUGGUUCCGUGUGGGCCUGAGGAGGUGGAUGCAGCCGUACGCAGCGCCCACGCCGCCUACCUGAAGUGGAGCAAGAUGGCAGGUAUGGAGAGGGCUCGGGUGAUGCUGGAGGCUGCUCGGAUCAUCAGGGAGAGAAGGGAGAAGAUUGCAAAGCUAGAGGUGAUCAACAACGGGAAGUCCAUCACUGAAGCUCUGGUGGAUAUAGACAUCGCCUGGCAGUGCAUCGAGUAUUACGCCGGCCUGGCUGGGACGCUGGCAGGUCAGCACAUCCAGCUUCCAGGAGGAGCGUUUGCCUACACCAGGAGGGAGCCCCUGGGGGUGUGCGUGGGGAUCGGUGCAUGGAACUACCCCUUCCAGAUCGCAACCUGGAAGUCUGCCCCUGCUCUGGCAUGUGGUAACGCCAUGGUCUUCAAACCCUCUCCCAUGACCCCCGUGACUGCCGUCAUCCUGGCAGAGAUCUACAAAGAGGCAGGUGUUCCUGAUGGACUCUUCUGUGUGGUCCAAGGUGGAGCAGAGACUGGAACCCUGCUGUGCCAUCACCCCAAGGUCGCUAAAGUCUCCUUUACAGGCAGCGUGCCGACAGGGAAGAAGGUCAUGGAAAUGUCUGCGAAGGGGGUGAAGCAGGUGACUCUGGAGCUGGGAGGGAAAUCUCCCCUCAUCAUCUUCAAAGACUGUGACCUGGAAAACGCCGUGAGGGGAGCGCUGAUGGCCAACUUCCUGACACAGGGGCAGGUGUGUUGCAACGGAACCAGGGUGUUUGUGCAGAGAGAUGUCAUGCCUCAGUUCCUGGAGGAAGUGGUCAAAAGGACCAAGGCCAUCCCGCUGGGUGACCCGCUGCUGGACAGUACCCGGAUGGGGGCACUGAUCAGCAAACCACACCUGGAGAAAGUUCUGGGCUUUGUCAAUCAGGCCAAGAAAGAGGGAGCCAGAGUUCUCUGUGGUGGAGAGCCUUUCAUCCCCUCUGAUCCCAAACUAAAGCAGGGCUAUUUCAUGUCACCAUGUGUUCUCGAUAAUUGCAGGGAUGACAUGACCUGUGUGAAGGAGGAGAUUUUUGGCCCCGUCAUGUCUGUCCUGCCUUUUGACACGGAGGAGGAAGUGAUCCAGAGGGCCAACAACACCACCUUUGGACUGGCCUCUGGUGUGUUCACCAGGGAUAUUUCUCGAGCACAUCGCGUGGCUGAGCAGCUAGAGGCUGGCACCUGCUUCAUCAAUAACUACAACAUCAGCCCUGUGGAGGUACCGUUCGGAGGAUAUAAGAUGUCCGGGUUCGGCAGAGAGAACGGCCAGGUGACGAUCGAAUACUACUCCCAGCUUAAGACCGUGGUGGUGGAAAUGGGCGACGUUGAAAACUACUUCUAAACUCUGAACAUCAUUAUUUUCCUUGUUAAACUCUAAUUCCAUAAACAGUGAGACCUGAAGGUGCCUCCCUGCGCAGUCCUGAACUUUCUAAACCUGAAUUACUCCAGUAUAAACCUGUAAAUGUAGGAGACUGAACGCUGAACCAGGAGGUUUGUGGGGUCGACUGAAACACUGCCUUUUUUUUAUCAAUAAAACAUUUUCCAGGUAAAA